UCUUCUCUCUCUUCACUGCCCUUUCUCUCUCGUUCCUUCUUUUAUUUACUCUUUUUCUUUUCUCUUCUAUUAUUUUUUAGCUUACUCUUUUAGGCUUUUUCUUUCUAAUUUCCUUCAUCCCCUCAACACCCAAUCUCUUCCAGGCGGCUCCUCCUCUUCCUCUCUUCCUCAUCUUACAUAAUCUUAAAUCUGUCUGUCUCUUUCUGUUUCAUUAAAAGUUUCGAUCUAAUAAAAAGAGGAUUUGUUUUUUGUUGGGGAUUUUAAUAUCUUAAAUUAAAGAAUCUGCCAUGGUAGCGGCUACGCAACACCACCACCACCAACAACAGCAACCGCAACAGCAGAAACAGGCGGCGAUGGCGGUGUUAGGGGCUACGAAAACAUCGGCUGAAGAAGAGGCUUUGAAGAGGAACACGGAUUGCGUUUACUUUCUUGCUUCCCCUUUAACCUGCAAAAAGGGAAGUGAAUGUGAGUAUCGCCAUAGUGAAUAUGCCCGGAUUAAUCCAAGGGAUUGUUAUUACUGGUUGAAUGGUAAUUGCUUGAACCCGAAAUGUGGAUUUCGGCACCCUCCCCUUGAUGGCUUGUUGGGAACCCAAGUAGCAGCUCCAGCUGGUUCUUCCAUGUCUUCUUUGAAUGCAGCAGCAACACCAACACCUGCUAGUCAUACCCCUUACAACCAGGGUGCUUCUUACAGUUCCAACAAACAAGCAGUGCCAUGUAUUUUCUUCCAGAAGGGGCUUUGCUUAAAAGGUGAUAGAUGUGCUUUUUUGCAUGGUCCAACUACAAGUAAUAAAGCCCCACAGCCAGCAGCAACUACCACUACUACUGAGCCUCAUUCUUUGAAGAAGGCUUUUGGUGCCCCUGAAACAUCUCAGUUGCAGAAGUUUCCCUCGACUAAUGUGUCAAAGACAGUUGGAGUAGCUCCUGAAGGUAAACUUACUCCAAAAGUCGAAGCUGCUUUCACUAGAAUUGGUACUGGAACUGAGAGAAAUGUGCCAUGUCCGACAGGCUUGGAUGAGGAACUUCCUCGACACAAAGGAACAAAUACUACUUCAGUUGUUAAUGGUGGCUAUGUGGGCCGUUCUAAUUGCUUGCUUCAGGCCCAUGCUUUAGAUGAACCAAGUUUUCAUGGUGGUAGGGACACUGACGAAUUUUUAAGGGAAUCUUCUCCUGGUUUUGAUGUUCUUGUGGAUGAUGAGCUCAGAGAUUCUGAUUUCUACCAUGGUGAAGAUCACUAUGGAGGUACAAGAGGACAUGAGGCAAGGAAUGUGAAUGAAUAUGACAUUAGUCAGUCUACUAAUCAUGAUGCCAUAUCUGAUGUUGAUCCAGAAAUGUUUCAUGAUGCACGAGGCUAUGAUUCAUUUGACCAUGUGAAAGGGAAUUAUGGUUGGGACCAACAGAGGGCUUCAUCUGAGAGGAUAUCUCUGGGAUCAUCUACUCUGGAGAGAUGGGGUUACUCAAGAGCUGAAAGUCUUAAUCAUGUUGAGGAGUCAGAUCUACGCCAUCGUUUAUCUAAGCAUAGGAGGGUUAAUGGCCUGAGGUCUGUUGUCAAUCAUGAUCAUGCCCUGGAAAACCAUGAAGGGGAGCGAAAUUUCCGGGGCUCUCUUAGAGACUCUUACCAUUUACCUCCACAUGAUAGUUCUCUUAGUAAUCGUCUUCGGGGUAGAAUAAAGCUUCCUGGGAAAUCUCUAGUCAAUGGGACUGAUUUGCGUUCUGAAAGAGAGAUAGAAAGGGGGCGAAAUUUGGGAUGGCUCUCUCCUGGAAAGCCGCAAAUCUCUUCCCACCACGGGGGGCUCCGUGACAGAAUAAAAGGAAGGGUGGAAGGAGAAUUCAACAAUAAAGAAGGUCGGAAUUUUGGGGGUUUGAGGAUUAGGAGAGAAAUAAUGGGCGAGAGGAAUGCUGAUUUUGCAGGUCCGAAAAGUCUUGCAGAGCUGAAAGUUGAGAAGAAUACUGAUAAUAAGGAGUACCAUUCUCUUGGAAAGCGAAAGAGCAUAGAGGAUUAUCAACAAACUGAAGGUGAUCUUUCGUUUGAAGGGCCAAUGCCUUUAAGUGUGAUUCUGAAGAGAAAGAGACAAUCUGAAGUUGCAGCUUCUGGAAGUGGUAUAGCAUCUGUAAAUAAAGAUGUUAACCAGAAACAAAGCAAGGGAAGCUUGAUUAGCAGCUCCACUAAUACAGUAGUUUCAGUGACGCCGGAAGAGGCCAAUAGGAAGGAAGAAUCCAAGUCCACAACUGCAGAUAUUGGAACAACGGAAGUCACUCAUGGUGAAUCAUCUCAACUACACAGCACAAGUGAGCGUGAGACUCAGGAUGGGACUAUUGCGGAUGAGAGGAUGGAAGAUCACGAGCUUGAGGCAGAUGACCAGAGGGAUGGAGAUUAUUAUUAUGAUCAGGGUGAUGAAGGAGAAUAUAACUAUGAGGAGGGUGAAAAUGUGGACCCUGAAGAGGAAUACAUAGAGGAGGAAGAUGGUGAAGAUGGUGAUGACUUUGCAAAGAAGCUAGGAGUCAUGUUUUCAUGAGUGAUGGGUAGAUGGAGAUGGUCAUAUAGACUACUUGGCAGUCCCUAUGAUUUAUUCCGGUGUUGUGGAGUGCCUUUGAGCUCAUUUAGGUUGCUUUUUCUGAUCAAGAGUUAGCUAUAUUGGAAUUUCAUUUUAGAAGUAGGGACAUUAAGUUUUGCCCUUGUGUCAAUUAAAACUUUCUCAUUGUAUUUAAAAGCGGAUUGAAUGGGGAUUUUUCUUAUGCUUGAGGCCUUUUCUGGUGCCCACCUGUUGAACUUGAUUACUAGGCGCAUGGCAGGAAAAGUAGAACGAGAAUAAGAAAAUUUUCAUUAAUCUCCAAUUCUCUAUUUUAUUCUCUGCUGCACAAUUUCUAUGUUGCCUUCCUAUCCUGUCAUAUCUUUUGUCUUUCUUUUUAAAACAAACAUGUCUUCUCUUU